AUGGCAGACCUUCAAAUCCACGCCAAUCUCGCUAUCGCUGCACCUGCAGUCCUCAUCCCUAUCUGUACCGCCACAGUCGCAUUACGAGUCUAUGCUCGUCAUUUGAAGAAAGUCGGGUUGGGCGCGGAUGAUUAUUUGAUUAUGGGGGCGUUGGUUUUUGUAGUUGGGAUGGGGGUUGCUAUUAUAGCUGAGGUCGGACUGAAACAGCUUGGAUAUCCUGCCCCAGCGCCAUCGACUCAGAUUGGGAAACCGGAUUCAAAUAUCGCCUUCUGGCCCGGCGAGCUCCUCCAAAUCCCCGCUCUCGGUCUCGUCAAACUCUCCCUCGUCCUCUUCUACCGCCGCGUCUUCACCCGCAACGCCGCUCCGCGCUUCAACAUCGUCACUUGGUUUAUGAUCUUCAUAAUCAUCAUCUGGACGCUUUCCUUCUUCUUCUCCAUCCUUUUUAUCUGCGGCACCGAUUUUUCCGCUUACUGGACAAGUACCAUUGUGGAGAAAGCCCACUGUGUCGAUACGGAUAUGUUGCAUAAUGCGUUUGCCAUUAGUGAUGUGGUGACGGAUUUUGUCAUUAUUAGCUUGCCGGUUCCGAUGAUCUUCGGACUACACCUCACUGUUGCUCGAAAAAUAGGUAUACUAGCUAUCUUCUCCUUGGGAGCGCUCACAAUCGCGGCAUCCAUCGUUCGCAUGAUAGUAUUUAUCCAAGCCACUGCCGUGAACUACGAUCCGCACGCUGAUUUCGAAUUCAUCUGCACCUCCGGUCUCUACUGGUCCCUCAUCGAAUCCAGCCUCGGCGUCAUCGCCGCCUGUCUCCCGGCCCAAUACGGACUCCUCAACACCCCGGGCGUGCAAUCCCUCGUCGCCUCGGUGCAAUCCGCCAUCUCACUCCGUUCCAUGCGCUCCAGCUCGCAACAUCCCAGCCAGUGCGACGCGCACGAUUCGCAGCGCAAUCUGUACGGCAAUAUGGAUACGAAGAUGGAACCGUGGACCACGGCCCAUGGAAGCGAGACGCAGAAUAUUAUUGCGCAUGCAGAGGGGCCGGCGAGGUAUGAGCGGGAGGGAGAGUUGGAGGAGGGGGGGUUCAAGGGGAAAAACGGGAUUGUGGUGACGAAUAGUUUUGAGAGUAGGGAGGGGUUGGCGUAG